AUGGCAACUCAUGGAUCAAGAAACACCAUCUUGAUCAAUUUCUUGACUUGUGUCAUCUUGUUACUAUCAAUUAUCUUCAUGAUGAUGAAUCAUUGUGAAGGAUCUCUAUCGUCAUCAAGGAAGUAUGCAGAUGAGUGCAAUGGCACUAUGGCUGAGUGCCCAAUGCUAGUCGAAGAAGAUGAAGAGUUUCUUAUGGACACUGAAGAACAUCGACGGAUUCUGGCCGAAACAAACACUAUAAGUUAUGACAGUCUCCAGAGCGCUAAUGCAGCUUGUGGCGGAAACUGUGAAGGACUUUAUAACGUUAAGAAGGUUAGGGGCUGUCUUCGGAUAUAUGGUUGCCGAGAUUAG